AUGGAAAGGAGUAUGAUGCCCAUCGACAAAAACCAAUUCUCAAAAACUCGCAACUACCUCGCUUAUCAACAGGCCGUUUUCAUCGCACUCAUCAACAAACAGUUCCGUGUUAUCAUACAACGACCAGUCAAAAAGGCUAUCGUCACUCACCAAUUCCUGAAUAUUAGACUACUCCAAAAAGAAAAGGACAUUAUUGAAGUUGACACCUUUGUUCAAGGGCGUUGCCAACAACGACGAAACCACGACAUAACGUCUGGCGUCUCGAUGUCUGCUGCUAAACAAAGAGUUGGCAAGAACAAAAUUAUCGAACUCAACCUGCUCCUCCUGGAUAUACUGAACAUGUUCGGUUAUACCUUUAGCACCGAAAUGAGCGAAGGGAAAAACGGGGCAAUGCGGAACGAAAUGUGCAAAACGGUUUUUUAUAACGGCAACUACCUGUUUGGCAAGGAGGAAAUUUCGGUUGUCGGCGCGAAGAUCAACAAAUAUCUUUGCGAAGCGCUCGGAAAUCGCAACGAAAUAACGGUCGACUACAACGACCCAGCACUUCAAAACUACCUCAACGAACUCAUCUACGUCAACAUCUAG